AUGGUGAACUCGCUGCUGUUCGGGGAGAUGGCCUUGGCCUUCGGCUGCCCGCCGGGCGGCGGCGGCGGGGGCUGCCCUGGCGGGGGCGGCGGCGGCGGCGGGGCCGGGCCGGGUCCGUCGCCGGUGACGGCGGCGCUGCGGGAUGACCUGGGCUCCAACAUCCACCUCCUGAAGGGGCUCAACGUGCGCUUCCGCUGCUUCCUGGCCAAGGUGCACGAGCUGGAGCGGCGCAACCGGCUGCUGGAGAAGCAGCUGGAGCAGCAGCAGAGCGAGCGCGAGCGGCUGCUGCGCUACAAGACCUUCUCCCGCGAGCAGGCCGUGCAGACCGGGCCCGAGCUGCUGCGGCCCCCAGCGCCAGGCGGCGGGCACGGCCUCGGCAGCGGCGCGGCGGCCGGCGUCAACGCCAAUGCCGUGGCCCUGGGCGGCCUGCCCCCCGGCGGCGGCUCGCACCCGCAGCACUACGGCCGCCUGCCCGGGACCAUCUGGAGCUACACGCAGGUGCGGCGCACGGGCGGCGGCGGCGUGGAGACCGUGCAGGGCCCCGGCGUGUCGUGGGUGCACCCCGACGGCGUGGGCGUGCAGAUCGACACCAUCACGCCGGAGAUCCGCGCGCUCUACAACGUGCUGGCCAAGGUGAAGCGCGAGCGCGACGAGUACAAGCGGAGAUGGGAGGAGGAGCUCGCCAAGCGCAUGAACCUUCAGACCAUGGUGGACACGCUGCAGGAGGCAGCACAGGAGGCUGAUGCCAUCCAGGAGGAGAUGAACGAGAAGAUCGAGCGGCUCAAGGCCGAGCUGGUGGUGUUUAAGGGGCUUAUGAGUGACCCCAUGACAGACCUGGACACAAAGAUCCAAGAAAAGGCCAUGAAGGUGGACAUGGACAUCUGCCGCCGAAUCGAUAUCACGGCCAAGCUGUGCGAUGUCGCACAGCAGCGGAACUCGGAAGACGUGUCCAAGAUCUUCCAGGUGGUCCCCAAAAAGAAAGAACGUAAGGUGGCUUCCGAUGAUGACAUCUCCGAGCAGGACGGGGAGGUGAACCGGUUCUCGGACGACGAGGUCGGCUCCAUGAACAUCACCGAUGAGAUGAAGCGCAUGUUUAACCAGCUGCGGGAGACCUUUGACUUUGACGACGACUGUGACAGCCUGACGUGGGAAGAGAAUGAAGACACGCUGCUGCUCUGGGAGGAUUUCACCAACUGCAAUCCCACCAUCGACCUGCAGGGCGAGCAAGAGGAAAACUUGGGCAACUUGAUCCACGAGACCGAAUCCUUCUUCAAGACGAGAGACAAGGAGUACCAGGAAACGAUAGGUCAGAUCGAGCUGGAGCUGGCCACAGCCAAGAGUGACAUGAACCGACACCUGCAUGAGUACAUGGAGAUGUGCAGCAUGAAGCGAGGACUGGACGUGCAGAUGGAGACCUGCCGCCGGCUCAUCAAAGGCUCCGCAGACAGGAAUUCACCGUCCCCCAGCUCCGUGGCCAGCAGCGACUCAGGAAGUACAGAUGAGAUCCAGGAUGAGUUCGAGCGGGAGGCAGAUGUGGAGCCCAUGGUCAGCUGAUGACUGACGCCCUGCCAGCCUGGUGGUCUUGGUGAUGGGGCCCUGCCACCUCUCCUCAUGGGGCCAGGAAGGCCCCUUGGAGUGGGGUUCGAAGCCGCACCACACAGACUUUCUCUGCCCUCCCUUCUCUGGAGGCCCCGAGGGACUGCUGCUUCCUUCCUUCCUUCCACACCGCCAGCGGGUGCCCCGUCUCCAUCCCCCACCCACCCAAGGAAUGGUGCUGUCAAUUUCUAUUGUUCUCCACAUUACAAAUGCAGACUUCUGUGCGGACUUUGCAGUGUUAACUGUGCCUUCUCCCUUAAGCUGAGCCACUUUGAGCUCCAAAGAAUUAUUCCUAGCAGGUGUUUUUAUACAGAACUUUAAGGUGAGGGCCGGGCCGGCUGGCCGUGGCGUAAUGUGGUUUCUGCCGUCCGUCCCACCUGUUCCUCUGAUUGGCCAUGGGCUACGCCCUCCCUUCCUCCUGAGCCAGCCCAGACCGGCCUGGGGCUUGGGGUGCUCUGCCAACCCCCAGGAAGGAGCCGCUGGCCUCUGUGAGCUUUCUAGGCCUGGGUAGGGACCACCCCAAUUUUCUCACUCCCUGAAGGAGAGAAAGGUGGAAGGAAGGGAAGGAAGACACAUUUUAAUUUUUUGGGGGGAUCGAGUGGCAAAGUUGAAGGGACAAGGCACUGUGAGGGGAAGGCGGAGCCUCACUGUGUUUAAACUACUAUGCAAAAAACAAAACAAACAACAAAAGCAGCUUGCCUUAUAUCAUUGUGGAAGGCAGGACCUCUCCUGGGCUCCUGGCUUCCCCCUGGAGCUGGGAGGGAGGCCGGGGUUAGGGUGAUGUGUGUCGCAGCACUGACUGGGUAGCGUGGGUUUGGCUGAGGUUGGUCAGGAGGCCGGGGUUGCCGCAAGGCACUGGCCUGCCUGACCGCUUGCUGUCUUCCGGGCCUCUGCGGGUUCAGGGCAGGGGCCAAGGGGGUCUUUUUGCCCUGAUAACUUGAUGUUCUUCCCUCUGUCGCCAGUCAACAAUAGAGGGUUAGAGAUCUGUAAUUUCUCUGUGAGAAAGUCUGAAGGGGCCAGGCCCGGUCUCUGCUCCCUUCCACCCGCCUUGGGUUAGGACUGUCCGGCAGUUGCCGGCUUUUGGCCACUGGCAGGAGAGAGGUCUGGUGGGCUGCUGGCAGGGCAGGAGCUGGAGUGAGGGCCAUCCUCUUUCUGCUCCUGGACACACGCAAGCCUCUCUCAGCAAUUCCCUUGACUGGCCAGUCAGGGUGUUGAUCUGAGCCAGUAUCCCCCAAGACUUGAAUGGCUUGAGUGGGCCUGCAUUGAAGGGCACUGUGUGGCGACCCUCCCCCUUCCAAAUCUCAGCUUGGAGCCAGCUGAGCAGGCUUUGCUUUAUUAUUAUUUUUUAACAGUUUUUAACCUACUGCAGUGGGUCUGUUGCCAAUUUUAAUUUUUUGUUGUCCCAGGAGCUCCCUCUAGUGGUCAAAGUAGCAAAAUGUGCCCAAGGACUAGAACUUGGGUCCCUCUGCCUUGUCUGGAGGCAGAGGAGGGGGCUCUGGGUUUGACUGGGAUUGUGGUCCCCAGAGGUCCAUGGCCUUUAAGGGUCUUCUCUGUUUUCUGUUUCCCCCACCUGUGUUACAGUCUUGAAAAUACUGUACAUAAUAGAUACACGUAGAGAGAGA